GUCUAAUCUUUACCUACCUUAUACCAACUCGAUUCUUACGACACGCCUGUUCUUGCAGUCGCAUCAAUGGUUCAACCAUCUCCUUUCCUGGAGCCAGGAACUACAACUUCCACUGGUGACUUGGCAAUUGUUCUUCUUUCCAGAGAUAACCUUCAGCCCAUUACACUGGAACAGUCGACUGGCGCAGUCGAUGGAUACCUCGAGGGUGCAACUUUAAACACGCGAUUCGGAUCUUUCCCUCACUCGACACUUCUUGGUAUUCCUUGGGGAUCCCAAGUUCGUGCAUCAAAUGUCGACACCGGCUCAAGAGGGCGAAAGCGCCGCCGCGAAGCGACAGAUGAUGACACACCGACAACGACUGGCCCAGACGAUAAUGUAGCAGAUGUGACGUCUAAGCCUGCCAAAAAGGCUGUCGCAGCUGCAAGUGGUUUUAUCCAUAUCCUUCGACCGACUCCCGAGCUCUGGACAAGCAGUCUGCCUCAUCGAACUCAAGUCGUGUAUACUCCCGAUUAUAGCUACAUCCUUCAAAGAAUACGAGCAGUUCCCGGUACUCGAAUCAUUGAAGCUGGAGCCGGCAGUGGAAGCUUUACACAUGCCUCUGCGCGUGCUGUGUACAAUGGCUACCCCAAGGACGAGAACGAUAAGAAGGGAAAGGUUUUCAGUUUUGAAUACCACGAGCCUCGAUAUAUUAAGAUGCAAGAAGAAAUUCACGAGCAUAAGCUAGAUGGUGUCGUGCAAUUGACACAUCGCGAUGUGUAUGGAGAAGGAUUCAAUGUGGACGGGAAGUCUCCCCAAGCAACAUCAGUCUUUCUUGAUCUCCCUGCGCCUUGGGAAGCGCUUCAUCACCUUUCAAGACAGAAGCCCGAUAAGCUAGAGAAGGAAAGCGAGAAUGCCGACACCCCUGAAUGGGUCUCACCUCUGGACCCCAAAAGAAGUGUUCAUAUUUGUACCUUCUCUCCUUGUAUUGAGCAAGUUACAAGAACAAUUGAGGAGCUUCGGCUUCUUGGCUGGAAGGACAUUGACAUGGUGGAAAUCUCAGCUCGACGGAUCAACACUAUUCGUGAGCGAGUCGGAGCAAAUCUUCCUGCGGAAAGGGGCAAUGUCCAAACACCAGCCAACGUGAAGGAGGCCAUGCAAAGGCUCAAGGAGAUCAAUCGAAAGACGAAAGAAUUCCAUAAGGUGCAUUUCAAGUCAACGGACGGUGACGACGACUCAUCAGCAAUGGAUGUAGAUACCCCUGCCUCAAAUUCACCCAAGACCGACGCCAAUGGAAAGGCUGCUGAAGAUAGCAAACCAUGGAUGCAUGGCAAUCUCUACCAUAGACCUGAGAACGAUCUCAAGACUCACACGUCAUAUCUCACCUUCGCUGUUCUGCCUCGAGAGUGGACCGAGGAAGACGAAGCAGCAGCUGAGGCGAAGUGGCCAUGCGGAAAAGAGGGUGGAGUGAUUGGAAGCCUCAACAGGCAGGCUCGCAAGCAACAAACAAGGGAGAAGCUGGCAGCAAAGAAGAAACAGAAGCAGGAGAACGAUACCCAGAAAGAGGGAGUGGUCGAGGAGACUGCAGAGAAGCAAUAAUAAGAGAAUCGCCGAUAAGCGGUUGUGAG